AUGCCAUUUAGAAUGAAAAAAUACAUGCUGCUUAUGCUGACGCUGUUUCUGAACUUUUUAAUUCUGUAUUUGGUCGUGUUUGUGGAAGACAGCGAGCAGAUGCCAUCAGCAGUAUUGAACUCGGAUCAAAAUAACCAGCCUCCAGAGAGUCGAGUCUACCCACAUCAAGAUGUCAUCAUCACACCAACAGUGCCUUAUAUUAGACAAGCAAAGCAACGCAAGACUUUACGUAUUCAAGGGACAGAAUCACAGAUACACCCAAUCAAGGGAGGUAACAUUUCAUCAGGUGUGAAGAGUAGAUACAGAGACUGGAAUGAUUACAUGCUCAUGCUGAAGGAAAGGGGAAGGAAAGGUUUUGGCGAGGGCGGGAGGGGAGUUAACGCGAGUGUGUUGGACGACCACAACCAACAGUCGGAGCUGACAAAACUGUACAUGUAUAAUGCCAGACUCAGUGACGUCAUAUCUGUAAAGCGAUCUCUGGAAGAUGCACGAUCCGACGUCUGCAAGAAACAAAAGUUUCUCGCGGACAUUCCCCGCAACUCUGUCAGCAUCAUCUCCGUGUUUUACAACGAGAGGUUGUCGACCGUGCUGAGAACGGUUCAUAGCGUCAUGUCAAGGUCGCCCGCCAUCUUAAUCCGGGAACUCGUGCUCGUGGAUGACGCAAGCAGUGACGUAGAGCUCAAGAAACCGCUCGAUGACUACGUCAGCCAACAUUUUCCCAAAGUGAAGAUUCUACGUCUUCGUCAGCGUUCGGGGUUAAUCAGGGCCCGGAUGUAUGGUGCUGACGUCACAACGGGCAGUUUUCUUGUUUUCCUAGACUCACACGUUGAAGUUAAUUACAAUUACCUGCCUCCGUUAUUAGAGCCCAUGCUAGUUAAUUAUAAGACGAUUGUGUGUCCAAUAGUGGACUCCAUAGACCCAGAGACCUUUCAGGUCAAAGCUCAGAAAGUCCGAACACGUGGCGGGUUUAAUUGGAGGAUGCAGUACAAAAGUAUCCCAUCUUCAGAGGCUGUUGGGACGUCGCCAUUGGCAACCCCCGUCAUGGUCGGAUGCGCUUUUGCCAUCACUAGAAAAUGGUGGGAGGAGCUGGGUCAGUAUGACCCGGGGCUGCAGAUCUGGGGCGGGGAGAAUUUCGAGAUGUCUUUCAAGACGUGGAUGUGCGGGGGGCGGCUGGUUGACGCCCCCUGUUCCCGGGUGGCGCAUUUAUUCCGGCCCCUGCCGUACUUUCAAGACUUGUACGCCGAUGACAUCAUCGAGAAAAAUUUUCUGCGCGUGGCAUCGGUCUGGAUGGAUGAGUACAAGCAGGCAGUCAUGCGCGCCAGAAACAUAAAGAGCAGUUUAGAUCCAGGCGACCUAACGCAACAACACGACGUACGUCACCGACUUCGAUGUAAGAGUUUUAAUUGGUACAUGCACAAAGUCGCACCGGAUGUUCUACGUCACUACCCCGCCAACCCGCCGCCAUCUUUAGCAGUUGGAGACAUCAGACUGGCGUGGAAUUCCCAGUGCAUCAACAGCACUGGCACCUACUUGACUCUAUCAAACUGUUCCAGCCUCACCGUCCAUGAAUUUGAUUGGCGGGCGCGCAUACAGGGCGUGACGUUACAGUGCUUUACCAACUCUAAAAAUGACGUCAUUGACAUGCGCCCAUGCGUAGACAUCGAGGAAAAACCGACGCAGCGUUUUGCGUGGAACCCCACCACUGGGCAGAUUGCUAGCUUCAAUACUCGAUUAUGCUUGCAGUACGAUACCGGUACGAAUACCGUCCACAUGAACAGAUGUGACGCUACGCUCAUCACACAGUUGUGGGUGCUGGACAGCGUCAACAUCACAGCCGCUGAGUCGGUUUGGUCCAGGUACGAGAAGGAUGAGAAUCCUUAUGACAUUUUUUAA